CUGCCGGGCCCGCCGGCGCCGGCCCGCCCCCUGCCGAGUGCGGGCGGGGGUCGCUGCAAGAUGGCGGGCGUGCGGGCCGUGCGCAUCAGCAUCGAGUCGGCGUGCGAGAAGCAGGUGCAGGAGGUGGGGCUGGAUGGCAGCGAGACGUACCUCCAGCCGCUCUCCAUGUCCCAGAACCUGGCGCGCCUGGCGCAGCGCAUCGACUUCAGCCAGGGCUCCGGCUCCGAGGAGGACGAGCCGGGCUCGGCGGGCCGCGCCUGGGCCGAGCCGGGCGAGACGGAGGAUGAGGAAGGAUUGGUAAAGUUUCAGCCAUCCCUCUGGCCUUGGGAUUCAGUGAGGAACAACUUAAGAAGUGCUUUGACUGAGAUGUGUGUGUUGUACGACGUUCUUAGCAUUGUGAAGGAUAAAAAGUUCAUGACUCUAGAUCCAGUUGGGCAAGAUCCCCUUCCUCCAAAACAAAAUCCUCAGUUUCUACAGCUGAUUUCAAAAAAGAAGUCAUUAGCUGGAGCAGCUCAGAUCCUGUUGAAAGGUGCAGAAAGAUUAUCCAAAUCAGUUGCUGAAAAUCAGGAAAAUAAGCGACAAAGAGACUUCAACUCUGAACUGCUAAGACUGAGACAACACUGGAAGCUGAGAAAAGUGGGAGAUAAAAUUCUUGGAGAUCUGAGCUACAGAAGUGCAGGCUCCCUUUUUCUUCAUCAUGGCACAUUUGAGGUGAUAAAGAACACUGACAUUGACCUGGAUAAAAAGAUACCUGAGGAUUACUGUCCUUUGGAUGUUCAAAUUCCAAGUGAUUUAGAGGGAUCAGCAUACAUCAAGGUUUCUAUUCAAAAACAAGCACCAGACAUUGGUGACCUCGGGACAGUCAAUCUCUUUAAAAGACCCUUGCCAAAAUCAAAACCAGGUUCUGCACAUUGGCAGACAAAGUUGGAGACUGCACAGAAUGUUCUUCUAUGUAAAGAAAUUUUUGCCCAGCUGUCACGAGAAGCUGUUCAAAUUAAAUCACAGAUUCCUCACAUUGUAGUGAAAAAUCAGAUAAUCUCCCAGCCUUUCCCAGGUUUGCAGUUGUCUAUUUCUCUGUGUCACUCUUCCAAUGAUAAAAAGUCACAAAAGGCUGCUUCUGAAAAACAGAAUCCAGAGGAUCAUCUCUAUGUUUUGGAACAUAAUUUGCAUCAACUUAUCAGAGAGUGUCACAAGCAAACCUUGAGCUCGACAGUGAUGCCACAUCCAGCUAGUGCACCUUUCGGCCAUAAGAGAAUGAGACUUGCAGGGCCCCAGGCUUUUGAUAAAAAUGAAAUCAGUUCUUUACAGUCAAAUGAAGGCCUUCUGGAAAAGAUCAUAAAACAAGCAAAGCAUAUAUUUUUGAGACGAAGAACUGCUCGAACCAUUGACAGUCUGGCAAGUCGUAUUGAGGAUCCUCAGAUUCAAGCUCACUGGUCCAAUAUCAAUGAUGUUUAUGAAUCCAGUGUUAAAGUUCUAAUAACUUCUCAAGGAUAUGAGCAGAUAUGCAAAUCCAUUCAACUGCAGCUGAACAUUGGAGUUGAACAAAUCAGAGUUGUGCAUAGAGAUGGAAGAGUUAUUACAUUGUCCCAUCAAGAGCAAGAACUGCAGGAUUUCCUUUUAUCCCAGAUGUCACAGCACCAAGUACAUGCAGUUCAGCAGCUUGCAAAAGUUAUGGGAUGGCAUGUGCUGAGUUUCAGUAAUCAUGUUGGUCUGGGGCCAGUGGAGAGCAUUGGCAAUGCAUCAGCAAUAACUGUAGCAUCACCAAACGGAGACUAUGCUAUUUCAGUACGUAACGGUCCAGAAAGCGGCAGCAAAGUCAUGGUUCAGUUUCCACGGAGUCAGUGCAAGGAUCUCCCCAAGGGCGAUGUCCUUCAGGACAGCAAGUGGAAUCAUCUCCGGGGGCCAUUCAAGGAAGUGCAGUGGAAUAAAAUGGAAGGGCGUAACUUUGUGUAUAAAAUGGAACUCCUCAUGGCUGCCCUAACUCCUUGCUAGUGAAGCAUCAAGCCUCUCUCUGAGGGCUUAGAAGCGUCUCUGUGCAAUGAUAACUGCUCGUGCAGCAAAGGGAAAUGGGAGCUAUGGGCCAGUACAAGAAAGCAAAAUCAAAUUUAUUUCCUAUACAGAAAUAGCCAUUUUGGUAUUUGUAAUAAAACCUUUUUCAGUGGCAUAUAAAAUACUUAAGAUUUUUUGUAAAAGUUCCUUUCAGCUGUAUCUUUGAAAACUGCUCUGUCCAGAGGGACAUAGAUGAGUAAUUAAUGUAUUUUUUGUUGAUAAGAUUAAAUUUGGUAGCCCUUGAGUUGAA